UCCCAGAUGCAGUGGGUGUCUUUGAGCUACAAGAAUCCGUCCUUGAAACACAUCUCAGAUGGACAGCUUGUUUGCUCUUGUGGACAAGCUAAACAGUGGGUGGUCAGUUGACUUCAUUGGAAAACAGAAUAAUUUUGAAACGAGGCUUGGUUUCCCGUGUCAGUGACCUGUGUAGAGGGAACACACAGAGUCUGGGCUUGGAUUUUGGAGUCAAACUUUGGCUACAGCUUGGAUUGUCCCCACAUGAACAGAGCUGCCAGAGAGGAAUGACAACAUGUCUGCUGUCGGGCUGUGGUCUGGCCUGCUGCUCCUGCUGUCUUCUUUUUGCUCUAGAAGUUCGUCUUGUGGCCUCUCAACACAUGUAGAAAUAGGACACAGGGCUCUGGAGUUUCUUCGGCUUCAGGAUGGACACAUUAACUACAAAGAGCUGCUCUUAGAGCACCAGGAUGCGUACCAGGCUGGGACAGUGUUUCCUGACGCCUUUUAUCCUAGCAUCUGCAAAAGAGGAAAAUUCCAUGAUGUGUCUGAGAAGACUCACUGGACCCCAUUUCUUAACGCCAGCAUUCAUUACAUCCGGGAGAACUACCCUCUGCCCUGGGAGAAGGACACGGAGAAGCUGGUGGCUUUCUUGUUUGGAGUCACCUCGCACAUGGUUGCUGAUAUCAGUUGGCACAGCCUGGGUAUUGAACAAGGAUUCCUCAGGACAAUGGGAGCUAUUGAUUUUCAUGACUCCUACCCUGAGGCUCACUCAGCUGGUGACUUUGGAGGAGAUGUGUUGAGCCAGUUUGAAUUUAAUUUCAAUUACCUCUCACGGCACUGGUAUGUGCCAAUCAAAGACCUUCUGAGAAUUUACGACAAUCUCUAUGGCCGACAAGUCAUCACCAAGGAUGUCAUUGUUGACUGCACCUACCUUCAGUUCUUGGAAAUGCAUGGGGAGAUGCUAGCCGUUUCCAAGCUCUACUCCACGUACUCCACAAAGUCCCCAUUUCUGGUGGAACAGUUCCAAGAGUACUUCCUCGGAGGACUGGAUGACAUGGCCUUCUGGUCCACCAACAUCUACCGUCUGACCAGCUUUAUGCUGGAGAACGGGACCAGUGCCUGCUACCUGCCUGAGAACCCUCUGUUCAUCUCCUGUGAUGGCCAGAGGAAGCCCACCCCCAGCAGUUCAAAAGUGCAGAAAAAUGAUUUUCACAGGAACCUGGCUGUGCCCAUAAGUAAAGACAUCAGGAAAAACCUGAACUACACAGAGAGAGGCGUGUUCUACAGCACAGUCUCCUGGGCCCCGGAAUCCAUAGCCUUUGUGUACCAGACUCUGGAAAGGAACCUGAGGACCAUGUUUAUGGGCAGCUCCCAGACUUCUUUGAAGCAUGUCUCCAGCCCCUCUGCCUCCUACUUCCUGUCUGUCCCCUAUGCCAGGCUUGGCUGGGUUAUGGCCUCAGCCGACCUCAACCAGGAUGGGCACGGUGACCUCGUGGUGGGUGCACCAGGCUACAGCCACCCUGGCCGCUUCCAGAUUGGGCGGGUGUACAUCAUCUACGGCAACGACCUGGGCCUGCCCCCCAUCGACCUGGACCUAGACAAGGAGGCCCACGGCAUCCUGGAGGGCUUCCAGCCUUCAGGUCGCUUUGGCUCAGCUUUGGCCGUGCUGGACUUCAACAAGGAUGGGCUGCCAGACCUGGCUGUGGGUGCUCCCUCCGUGGGCUCAGGGCAGCUCACCUACAAUGGCUCAGUGUAUGUCUACUACGGUUCCCAGGAAGGGAGGCUGUCUUCUUUUCCUAACAUUACCAUCUCCUGCAAGGACACCUACUGUAACUUGGGCUGGACCCUCCUGGCAGCGGAUGCAGAUGGAGAUGGCCACCCGGAUCUGGUGAUAGGCUCACCUUUUGCCCCAGGUGGAGGGAGGCAGAGAGGGAUUGUGGCUGCCUUCUAUUCACACCCCGGACAGAAUGACAAAGAAACACUCACUGUGGAGGAAGCUGAUUGGAAGGUGAGCGGCGAGGAGGACUUCUCUUGGUUUGGAUACUCCCUUCACGGGGUCACAGUGACAAAAAGAACCCUGCUGCUGGUCGGGGCCCCCACCUGGCAGAACGCCAGCAGGAUGGCACGCUCAAGCCACAAGAACCACGAGAAAAGCAGUCUGGGAAGGGUGUAUGGCUACCAUCCCCCAAACUGCCAUACUGCGUUCACUAUCUCAGGAGAUAAGGCGAUGGGAAAGCUGGGCACCUCCCUGUCAAGUGGCAAUGUGAGGGUGAAUGGGACCCUAACGCAAGUGCUGCUGGUUGGCGCCCCUACUCAUGAUGACGUGUCUAAAAUGGCAUUCCUAACCAUGACCCUGCACCAGGGAGGAGCCAGUCGGAUGUACGAGCUAGGCCCCAAGAAGACACAGCCUGCCCUGCUCAGCACCUUCAGUGGAGAUCGGCGCUUUUCUCGAUUUGGUAGCGUUUUACACCUGACCGACCUGGACGAUGAUGGCUUAGAUGAAAUCAUCAUGGCUGCCCCACUGAGGAUAACUGACGUCACUUCUGGACUGCUUGGGGGAGAAGAUGGGCGAGUGUACAUUUAUAAUGGCAAGCAUACUUCCCUAGGUGACAUGACAGGCAAAUGCAAGUCCUGGAUGACUCCAUGUCCAGAAGAGAAGGCACAGCAUGUACUCAUUUCUCCUGAGGCAAGUUCAAGGUUCGGGAGCUCGCUGGCCUCUGUGCGGUCUAAGGAAAGGAACCAAGUGGUUGUCGCUGCUGGAAGGAGUUCUUGGGGAGCCCGGCUCUCUGGGGCGCUUCAUGUCUACACCCUCAACUCAGAUUGAAGAUGCCACCCUACUCUGCUAUGGAGACCCUCUCUCUUAGGCCAAGUCAUCUCCAGAGUGGACAAAGUAGUCCUCCAGGGGAGCUAUGGUGAAGCCUGACAGAGGAGGGGCUCCUGAGACAGACAUAUUGACA